UUGCCUCCCUCUAUCUACUCUAGCAUUCUCUCUCUCUCUUUCUCUUAUUCAUCUCUUGGACACAGACACUUCAAAGUCAGAAUCCCUAGGAAGAAAUAGUUAUGGACCUGAAGGAGUUUUGCUUGAGUGAAAACUACCAGUUUCUAAACCAGCACAACUUUUUGGAUUCGUCCUCCACGGAUGAGCCACCGUCCCCCAGUGAUCCGCCGGUCAAAGCCGACUCUCUGAGCCCUUCGUUCGGCCUGGACAGCUGCGCGACCCCGUUCAGCCCCGGCAGCAGCUCGGACAGUAGCGGCUACAGUCUGUUCUCUCAGAAACACUCUCUGAACCCGGACUCCCCCAUCAGCUCCAGCUCAAUCUCCAGCAGCAGCGCUUCUGCUCUCUUCAACCCCGUUAGUCGCACGCAGUCCAUCCUCAGCUGUGACUACAUCUCUUCACUGACCUCCGGAGCCAAACGCCUGUGUCUGGUCUGCGGAGACUUCGCAUCCGGCUAUCACUACGGCGUCGCGUCUUGUGAGGCGUGCAAGGCCUUCUUCAAAAGAACCAUUCAAGGAAACAUUGAGUACAGUUGUCCUGUGGUAAAUGACUGUGAGAUCACCAAGAGACGCCGAAAGUCAUGUCAAGCAUGCCGAUUUCAGAAGUGCCUGCGUGCUGGCAUGAUGAGAGAGGGUGUGCGCAUGGACCGUGUGAGAGGUGGCAGACAGAAGUACAAGCGCAGAGUGGAUUCAGGCCUCUCUCUUUUCACCAAAACACCUUACGCACAUCCAGGCAGAUCUAUCAGAAACAAAGUGAUUUCUCAGCUCCUCGUUUCUGAACCAGCUCCUCUGCGAGCUGCCCCUGACCCCUCGACCCCUGACAGUGACCUUAAAACGCUACUGACCUUAUGUGACCUUUUAAACAGGGAGCUCCUGGUAAUGAUUGGCUGGGCAAAACACAUACCCGGAUUCACUGCCCUCUCAUUGGUGGAUCAAAUGGCCUUGCUUCAGAGUGGCUGGAUGGAGACCCUGGUGCUGAAUGUGGUUUGGCGGUCUCAGGGCUUGUCCGAUGAGCUGGAGUUUGCAGAGAACCUGCAACUGAAUGAGAACCAAAGCAGAGCCGCAGGACUGCAUGACCUCUACGCGGCACUGCGACAUCUCACCUCCAAAUACCAACAGAUGGGCCUGAACCAGGAGGAAGUGGUCACUCUCAAAGCCAUGUCACUGGCUAACUCAGAUGCGGAGAAUGUAGAGGGUGCAGAUGCCAUGCAGUGCUUUCAGGACGUGCUCCACGAGGCCCUAGAGGACUACGAGAGCAAUCAGCGACCUUCCGAGCCUCAUCGCGCCGGCAGACUGCUCAUGACGCUGCCCCUAUUACGACAGACGGCCCACAGAGCUGUUCGCUGCUUCUGCCGGCUGCACACAGAGGGACAAAUCCCAAUGCACAAACUCUUUCUGGAAAUGCUGGAUGCCAAGAUCUAGAAUAGGACAGUGUAGAACGAAGGAAGGUACUGGGAUGGUGGAUAACCACUAAUGUCAUUAUAGGGCAGCUGAACUUACAUGGAAAUCAGUGGAAGAUUCUUUGCUGACUUAUUCCUUUUAACAAUGCAUCAGUAAAUAAAGGAGUUGGAGCAGCUCUUUGGAGUUGGGCAGCUAAACUGGACUUACUUAAUAUCACUCUCUGUCUCAAUGAAGCACAAUCUUGUUUUAUUUUAUUAUUUAUUUUAUUUAUAUGAAAUUCAAGGAGAAUAUCAUUUGUAUGGUGUUGGAAAUAGUUUAGAUGCAUUUUAAAUUAUUGUAUUUGUAGGGUUUUACAUGAUAUAUCAUCAUUUUUCUUUUGUAUUCAUUAGAUUUUUAAAAUUGGGGAUUUGGUUAAAACUCUUUAAUGGUUUUUGUUUGCAAAAAAGAAAAAAAGAUGCAGCAAUCAAAAGCUCUCACAAUAAUACAUACUGUAUAGCCUGCAAUACUGCCAAGCUAUGGAGCAGUAUGCCUUUCUAUUUAUUGUCUAAUUUAUUACA